AUGCUUGCUUUCACGGUUGAGGCCUACGAUAGAAAGGUUGCAGUUGAUAUUGCUUGCCUUAGAACAGUCUGGAAAACCAAUCUUGGUCCACCUGUUAUACCAUCUUCAACACUUGGUCCACUUUCUAACGCCAAACCUAACUCAAGGACCAAAAACCAAAUUAUUCGAAGUCUAACGCCAAACCUAACUCAAGCCGACAACGGCUUGUACCACUUCCAUCUUCCUGCUCAUUUUCCUCGUUUUACACGCCUCAUAGAUCAUCUUCUCCACUCAGUCGCUCUCCUCUCUUCACUAACCUCAGAUUGUCCUCUAUUUUCUCUCCCAUUCAACCUCGGCCUCCUCCUUCACCUCUUGGAUCCAGACUUAUGCCGCCGCGCUCGUGUCUCCUUGAACUUUGCUCUCGUCGUCUCCGGCACUGGCUUCUGCUAUGCGGCUGUGUUCUGCUUGUUGACUGAAGUGUUUGUGAUUGGGUUGCUUUACGCGGUGCUCUUCGUUCUCAAGCUGAGAUGGGUGUUAGAGUUCCCAAUCAUUAAGUGUCCACCAGUCUGCAGCUUCAAGAUUGCUCUCCCCUCGGCGUGUGCUUAUGUUCUGUCAACGAUAAUGCUGUUGUUUCUGUUAGACUGGUCGGGUGGGCUUGUGUCGGUAUCGAGGUUCUUGGGUGAGCAGGUCGAGCUUUUUGUUCACUAUUAA